AUGAGUGGAAUCCAUCGAUUUUUGACCCGUCGCGAUCGGAAUCACAAGUUGAACAAGCAAAGCAAAGAAGAGGCAUCACAUAUACUCUCACGGCUGCUGCGUCAAGGAUUUUUCAGGUCGGAUAUUACAUCAGAAGAUAAUCAGGACCAUGAGAAGAAGAUCAAAGGCCUCACCCAACGAAUCAAACAGCUCGGAAUCACCGCGUUGGAGGAGGAGCAUAUCAGCUAUGCAUUGCAGGCCACACAAGGGGAUACAGAGAAAGCAUUCAGCCUGCUGCUUCUACUAGAAGACUCUAUCGAAGGCAUCAUCAGAACUUACACGCCCAACACCAAGCUCCUGGGCGCGGAGAAUCGCCAGGGCGUCACAUGUUAUCUGGAUGCAUUGUUGUUCGCCAUGUUCGCCCGUCUUGAUUGCUUCGAGGCGAUUCUUUAUAAAUCCUUUACUGAUGAGCCUCGUCGAAAGCUUGCAAUACUCCUCAGACUAUGGGUAAAUUUGCUUCGAUCCGGAAAGCUCAUCACAACAGAUAUGACAAAACAUCUACAAGAUGCUUUAGCAGAAUGUGGUUGGGAAGAUGCAGCCAAACUUCGCCAACAAGAUGCUUCAGAGGCAUUCACUUUCAUAACCGAAAAGCUUGAACUACCACUUCUGACUUUGAAGAUGGACAUUUAUCACACUGGAAAAGAAGAUGAAAGUGAUGACCACAAGUUCGUCAACGAAAGACUUCUCGAGGUCGCCAUCCCGCCUGAGCCAACCGAUGGGCAAUCUCUCACUUUGGAAGAUUGUCUAGAAGCUUACUUCAACAAUAUGAUUGAAGUCAAAAGACACUUGGAACGACGCAAUACAGCCGGCUCCAUAAGAUCAAUGGAUUCGCUCUCCAUCUCCAAAGGCUCUACUGCCCAUGUUGAGACAGUAGAGAUAGAAACCACUCCCACCUUAUCUCCCACUGAAACCAGCACACCACGAGUCGAAAAGCCAAGCCCUUGGUCGUCAUUCAGUGAGUUCACUGAAGCUCUCGGGGCGUCCCGAGCUGCUGGACAUAGACGUACGAGCAUCGUCCAAGAGCGAUUCUUUCCGGAUUCGAAUUCAAGUGAUGAUACAAACACAGAGGAUUCAAAUCCAGAGAAAGAAACCGAGACAGAUACACGGCCUCGGCGGGGUUCUUACAAGAAAGAAGUAAUGAUGCCUGCGUGGCAGUUCUUCAGCUUGAUCCCAUGGUAUACUGAUAAUACGCCAACAAAUGACGCACAAGUGGCAGCACACUUUUCCUCGAAACGGCCGAUUCUUGGAAUGUGUCUGAAACGCUAUUCCUUUCUGUCAGAUGGGCGUGCUGUCAGACUCAACACACAUAUUGACAUCCCAACUGAGAUUGGCCUGCCCCACUUCAUCCAAGACGAUAAUUUAGAUGCAAACGCCCCUAUCUAUGGGAAUUUCAAGCUUUCUUUGCAGGCCUUGGUCUGCCAUAGAGGCAAUUCGGUCGACUCAGGCCAUUAUAUUUCCAUUGUUCGGGGUACCAGUGCCAAUGCUGGUUCUCCAGAUACCACAGGUCUGGACUCUUCGGGGACUUCAAAACACUGGAUGCGUUUCGAUGAUCUUGCAGCAGAGCGAGUAACUCUGGUUGACAUUGACGAAGCCUUGAAAACAGAAUCGCCUUAUCUUUUGUUCUAUCAAAUUCUUCCGAUUACGGAAGAUCCAUCAGCUGUCAAUUUCCCAAACGCGCCUUCUUCUCGGGCGUCGGAUGGCAGUACACUGGGUGAUCAAACAGACUUCGGUGUAGAGGACUUUGCCUCUGAUCGACCGAGUGUGGAAGUCACAGGGCCAUCCAAUACUAGUUCGCAGACAUUGACCAAUCCUGCCAGGCGCUCCAGUGUGGCGUUCUCAGAAACCAGCAACCCUGGCGGUCUUCAGCCGCGUUCUAUCCCAUCUUCAUCGCCUAGGCUGGCACCGAUGGAAGAAGAAGGCAUAAAGGGGACAGCUUACUCUCGUCGCGGAUCUCGAUCAGCCAGAAGUAAUCCCGGAAGUCGUGCUGGCAGCCGUGCUGGCAGUCAGACAGGUGAAAAUCGAAUCAGCGCUACUUUCUCACGCUUUGCUGAGCGGCUUAGUCGGGAUAAAAUUUCUACUGAUGGCCUCCUUGAGGAAGGUGACGGGGAUGAGUCCGCUUUUGAGAUUGACGAUACCGUGGAUGAGAUGAGGAUUGGCCCGGCUGCUUUCGACAACAAGGAGAAGCGUGGAAGGGGCCGAACAAAAGAUCGCGAGAAGUACAAAGGCAAAUCCAAGGAGAAAUCCAAGGAGAAGAGCAGGAAAUUGGAUCGGGAAUGUGCAGUGAUGUGA